GUGCAAUUCCAAAGCAUUUCUUUGAAUUUAAAAUAGGAAAAAAGGAGAAACUCUGCAUUUUGGAUUCUUCACGUUUAUAUUUUUGGCUCUACACCUACUCCCAGAAGCCAACGAAGGGGGUUAGGGUUUUUGACUAGCGAGACGAGAUCUCUUUGUUUCUCCAGCAGCAAUUCAAUGGCCUUCUCUUCUCUCGUCAGAUCUGCCGCCGCCUCCACGGUUGCCGCUCCUCGCGCUGACUUUUUCUCUUCACCUGCGCGUGAUCAUUCUAAGGUGUCUUCAAGUCUUGGAUUUAGUUGCAACCUGAAAUCAUCAAGAUUUUCUGGGGCUGCCGUUGCUACUGGGCCAUCUUCAUCUUUACAGAAACGCAAUAGAAAUGUGCAACCCAUCAAGGCCACGGCUACAGAAGUGCCAUAUGCAGUUCAAAGGUCAAGUAGCAGUGGAAAGACAAAGGUUGGGAUCAACGGUUUUGGUCGGAUUGGAAGGUUGGUCCUCCGCAUAGCAACCUCCAGGGAUGAUAUGGAGGUUGUAGCAGUCAAUGACCCAUUCAUUGAUGCCAAGUACAUGGCUUACAUGUUGAAGUAUGAUUCUACUCAUGGAAAUUUCAAAGGAAGCAUCAAUGUCAUUGAUGAUUCUACUUUGGAGAUCAAUGGGAAAAAGGUCAAUGUUGUCAGCAAGAGAGACCCAUCGGAGAUCCCUUGGGCUGAUCUUGGAGCUGAUUAUGUUGUUGAGUCUUCGGGGGUAUUCACUACCCUUUCAAAGGCUGCAUCCCAUUUGAAGGGUGGUGCAAAGAAAGUUAUAAUUUCUGCCCCUUCAGCUGAUGCACCCAUGUUUGUUGUUGGGGUAAAUGAAAAGACAUACCAACCAAACAUGGAUAUAGUCUCCAAUGCAAGUUGUACGACCAAUUGUCUUGCACCUCUUGCUAAGGUGGUGCAUGAGGAAUUUGGUAUUCUUGAAGGCUUGAUGACAACUGUCCACGCAACCACUGCUACUCAGAAAACUGUUGACGGGCCAUCAAUGAAGGACUGGAGAGGAGGCCGUGGAGCUAGUCAAAACAUCAUUCCUAGUUCAACCGGUGCUGCAAAGGCUGUAGGUAAAGUUCUGCCAGAGCUGAAUGGGAAACUUACGGGAAUGGCAUUCCGUGUACCAACACCAAAUGUUUCCGUUGUGGAUUUAACUUGUCGACUUGAGAAAGGUGCCUCGUACGAAGAUGUUAAAGCAGCCAUUAAGUUUGCCUCAGAAGGACCUCUAAAAGGCAUUCUCGGGUACACAGAUGAAGACGUUGUGUCCAAUGAUUUCGUCGGUGAUUCAAGGUCAAGUAUCUUUGACGCCAAUGCCGGGAUUGGAUUGAGCAAGUCCUUUGUGAAACUUGUCUCUUGGUACGACAACGAAUGGGGUUACAGCAACCGAGUGCUUGACCUUAUAGAGCACAUGGCUUUGGUAGCAGCCAGCCGCUAAAGACGCUCCGGUUCUUGCAGAAGCUUGAGACUUUCUACUUUUUUGCGUAGCCUGCUACAAAGCCGGUUUGGAUUGGUUUGGUUCUAUUAGGUGGUAGAGAUCUUUUAGAGGGUUUGGUUUGAAUCACGAGCCUUCUUUCUUUUUGGUUCUCUUUCAGUAUCAGCAACUACGGAAACAUUGAUUUGGUCUAAAAGACUAAAAACCAUGCGACUUUCAUCUAUCAAUAAGGGGAUAGGAUUUGUUUUACUUUAACCAAAUUAGCUUAUCA